AUGGCGAAGGCGUAUCGAAUAACAAUUACUGCACGGCAUAUGGGAUCGAUUAGAACGGAUGUAAGUUUCGAAGAGCGCGGAUCUCGGAUCUUGCAAAGGAGAACUUCAGCUGUAAAUGGAUAUGUAAGUGAAGUGAGUCAGUCCGAAAAGUUCCUGCUAUUAAAUGAAAACUGUACAGAGGAACCGUUUGUUUUUACAUUAGCAAACAUCUCAAGAAAUACUAAUCUGAUUUUAAUGAACCUUUUUUUGUUCGAUUUCUUAACGUCACCAAACGAACCCACGCCGGGAAAACGAGAGCCGAUGAAUAACAACGCACUGGCUCCCGGGGGGAAAAGGUCAAGUUUUCCAUUUAGACGCUCACCGUUGUACGCAGUUUAA